ACUAGCUGGCAGCACAUACGCGCACGGGCUCGUUCGAUGCGUAUGGGUAGGGUGCCGCCGCUGCCUCCGAUCUACGCGGCGGCUGAUCUACUUCUCUGGCCGUCCGCCGCCGCCGGCCGGAUUCCUCCUGCUCAUGUGCCUCUGAUUUGGAUCGAAGUCACGGCGAUAGUGGUGCGGCGGCAGCGGGGGAGGAGGCGAGGGUGGCAGCGAUGGGUGGUGAGGCCUGAAGAUGAGGUUGUCCUUGUAGGAGGAUGCCGGGGACGGGCAGCGCGAUGAGGGUGGCGCAUCGAAGUUGGAGACCGGCGUGUGUUCCGGCAACGGGUGGAGGGGCAGCCGUGCGGUGGUGGGGAGCAGCGGGUCCGUGUCCAUGGCCGGACCACCGGGGCUGGGGGUUUCUUCCCGGAUUGUCGAUGAAUAUACUUGGGGAUUCGUGAUUCUCGUGUCCCUUGAUGCGGUGCGAGAUUCAUGGGGAUUUGGGGCGAGGAAGAUUGGGGUGCGAUUCGGGGGGAUCAUGCCUCGGAUUCUUGGGGUCGUCGGGGAUGCGGUGAUUGAAGGAGAAGACGGUGGAGAUAGAGAGGGAGGGGGAGGCUUCGGAUUUCAAAAAUAGACUUGGCUCGUUCGAUACUGCCAAUUCUUUUGGUGCUGAUUUUGAGUUGUUAAGAACCCUUGAUUGAUGCAAAUCUUAAUUUUGUUUUAUGUGGAGCACCAGUGUUGGGGAUAUCUUGUUAAACAUCCAGUUCCCCUGACAUGCAUGAACUGUUCAGUAUAGGAUUCCCAUCUUAUGCAGCUAUGUUUGCUCUAUUUACAUUGUUUUCUAUCAUGUGUUAUGUUUGCAACAUUUCCCUAUGCUUUGAUUGAUAAUAUGUAUUUUGAUGUUUUUGCCUAAUUUGUGUUUACCUUUGUUUCAUAGGAACUUGUCAAAUCUUGGUCUGAAGGGAAUGUUAUCUCCUGAGAUUGGACAGCUUACUAAUAUGCAUUUUCUUGUACUGCACAGGCACUUGUUCUAUGGUAUUAUCCCUAGAGAGAUGGGAGAUUUACGAGAGCUGAAGGUGCAGGAUCUGGGGUACAAUAACUUCAAUGGAUCAAUUCCAUCAGAGCUAAUAAACAUUUUAUCCCUGGAAUUUAUCUUUCUUAAAAGAAACAGACUUUAUGGUGAUUUACCUCUUGAACUAAAUGAGCUCAUCAGUCUGUGUGAGUCUCAGGUUCGCCACAGCAGGACUUUCUCAAAUAGGAUGCCUGCUGCAAGUUAUGUAUAUGCAAAGGCCAGUAGCAAGGAAAUGACUGCUCCUUGCUGGUCAGAUAUUUCCUAUUUCCAGGCUUUACUCAUUCUACUUUUCGCACCAUGCUGAUUUGUGAAUGAGAACCUACAUGAUCAUCCACCCUGAUUUGUAAUUCGUAGGCACGUCCAGACACUCAGGUAUGCAAUAUGGUUUUGCUCUUUUUUGUGUGAUUGUCAGCAUUCCCCACUGUUUCUUACAAUCAGAGAAAAACAAAAGGAGAUUUCACUCUACAAUGGAUGUCUUUCUCCCAGGCAUAUGUAAUUCCGCUGCUCUGAUUGCCAUCUAUCUCCAUCUAUCUUUGAUGGCGAUGAUGUUCUACCUCAACGCACUCCAGGUCUACCUCCACCAGGUACGGUGUUGUGAGGAAACACCCAAGGUAAAUGUGUGUGCUAGAUUAACUACAGAUAUAUACAUCGAUCCCAUGAGUGAUCACCGUGUAAAUCAGCAGCAGCCAGCAGUACACGAACUCUCUUAUAAAUACUGAAAAAAAUAUCCUACUUAUUUUAACUCAAAAUUAAGCUACUAUUGUUCUAAAAAUAUUAGAAUUACUUGACUUUGAAAACAAUAUUCUGGUUGAAUUUAAGGUGACCAGCAUAUACUUAAUGCUUUAGUUUAAUCUUUCAAAGUGGAAGUUUAAAAUAUUUAUUUUAGAUUUAUACGGUGGAGAAAUUAUUUGAUUAUAAAUUAUUAUGGAUUUUUAAAUAACUUUAACAUUAAUUUAAAUCCAUAUUGAUAAAAGGCACUCAAAAUCAAAAAUAAAUGCAACAUAAUUUAGAUUAUAAUUAUGUAUUAUUUGGAACAACCAUUAGGAGCCGCCGAAACUAGCAGAGGAGGUUUGAGAAAGAGCUCGCAGGGUUAAUAGCCGACGUGGUCGACCGGCGGAUGACGUGGACGCUCUGACAAGGUCGAGCGAGCGGCUAAGCUUAGCCGUGCGGAACGUUUCGAAAGCCAUGGGCGGAAAAGGCAAUAAUAAGCCACAAUACAAAUGGACGUGUGUUGAAAUAGAGGGUAUGAAUUUGUGUAGGUCUUGAGUAAUGCUUAAUGUGGGAAGGAACAUCUGAUAUUUCUUUUUCACAUGUUGCAUCACAUAGUUUUUCGAAAGAGCAAAAUAUGGAAGUUUUUAAUCAUACUAAUCCAUGCACCACUACUCUUCCAUCAAAUGAAGGACAUCAGGGUGAUUUCUUGAUGUCCAAAAUUCAUGCUUCGAAAAAUGAUAAUCAAUUUAAAUUUAUUACUACAUUGAUCAAAAAUGGAUAUAAGAAAUGUGAGUAAUGGCAUGUGUAGCAGGUUUUGCGUUUUUUUUCUCGUUGCAACGCACGGGCAUUUGUACUAGUAAUACUAAUCCUAGUCUAAUGGCCAGUCCGUUUGGUAGUGGCUCAAGCCAUGCCUUCCCCUGGGCAAACCAGGGGCAGCACCGCAUAGAGGCCACCACGGCCAUGGCCUGGAGCAGCAGCGAGCAAGUAGCGAA